UCUCUCUAUAGCCUCUGGAUGUAUUUAGGAAAACAGAGAUCGUCAUAUCGGCGAAAUACCGUUACGUCUGCUAUAAACGGACAAGAUAUGUAUAUUUACUGCAUAUUUUGAAGAUAAUCCUGUGGAAACACUGUUCUUUUGAUAAAAUAACGCACAUUCUUUGAGCUGCGUCUUAUCUGUAUAGCAAAGGAAAUUGAACUGAGGCAUUGAAGAAUUCUUCAAAAUGACCUAGAAAAUUUUAAAAAGUGAUGAUAUACAAGGUUAUCCUCUGAAAAUGAGAAUAUUGUUCAUCAACUGCUUGUUCUAAUUAUGUGGAUAUGUUUUGUGCAUUUUUUUGCCUGAUCCAAAUAGAAACUGCUCCAUCAUAGCCUCGAUCACAAAAGACGUGGGUGCGGUGACGAGUACCGAAUUGCGGGACAUGGGAUGCGAAGAGCAUGGAUAAUGAGCAGCCGCAUCAAGAGCACGUAAAAUGCGUGGUUGUGGGCGAUACUGCGGUGGGGAAGACCCGUCUCAUUUGUGCCAGGGCUUGCAAUGCUCGCCUCACUCUCAACCAGCUCCUCACCACGCACAUUCCGACGGUGUGGGCCAUCGACCAGUAUCGAAUAUACAAGGAGGUUCUUGAACGCUCCUGUGAGGUAGUAGAUGGCGUUAAUGUGUCCUUAAGGUUGUGGGACACAUUUGGAGAUCAUGAUAAAGACAGAAGAUUUGCAUAUGGAAGGUCAGACGUGGUGCUGCUUUGCUUUUCAAUUGCAAAUCCAAUGUCAUUAAGGAACUGCAAGGUGGUAUGGUAUCCUGAAAUACGUCGAUUUUGUCCGAGUACUCCUAUUAUUCUGGUGGGCUGUAAAAAUGAUUUGCGUUACAUGUAUAGAGAUGAACAGUUUCUAAGUCUCUGCCGAGAUCGCAGUCCAUUUUUCAGGGGAAAUCAUCCAUGUGUCUCAAGCAGAUUUCCAGAAUUUGGAAGGCCUUUAAGAGAAAGUGAUAUUCUAUCACCAGAACAAGGGAGAACUGUUGCAAAGGAAAUCGGAGCACCUUAUUAUGAAACUAGUGUUUUAACCCAUUUUGGUGUGAAUGAAGUAUUUGAGAAUGUUAUACGAGCUGCAUUAUUGUCUAGAAGACAGCAACGGUUUUGGAUGACAAACUUAAAGCAUGUUCAGCGUCCAUUGCUUCAGGUUCCAUUCUGUCCACCUGAGCCAAGGCCUCCUCAAGUUAUUGUGCCACCUCCACAGUUUGAGGAUGACAUGCUUUCUCUUCUCCAUAGUCAAAUGUACACAGAUGUCAUCUUUUUGACUGGGAAAGUGGGUUUUGCUGCACAUAAAUCGGUGUUAUCUGCUGUUUGUAAUUCUCUUUACAAGCUAUUCACCCUUGAUAUAGCUGCAGAAGGAACACUUGGAGGAAGAAGUGCUAGUGAUUCUAGUGUAGUUAGCUCAUCAGAUAGCUCUGUUGGCAAUUUCAACACAGAUACUGAACAACUUCUUACUGAAAGCCCACACUCUGUCAUCACAUGUGCCUCUUUCUGUUUAUCUCGAAGCCACCACAAUACAAAUCAGAACAAUGUCAGUGAAGCUAGACAUGGCUCUGUCCGUAGACGCUCCAGUUGCCAGAUUCAUCCAGAAUCAUUAACCCAUGGGACUAAUGUACCAACAGGUGUUCGACGGAUCCUGGACCACCGUGCAUAUCAAUGCAUAAGCAUAGAACGCUGUGAAGGUCUGGACCAUCGAGGAAGAGUGACUUCAUCCAUACAGACAAUUGUUACAUUGGCUAAUGUAAUAACACCAAGUGCAAUGCAGAAUUGUCUUCGAUUUCUCUAUACUGGAGACUUGGGCCAUAAAAUGUGUAUAAACAUGACCGAGCUGUUAGAGGCAGCUGAACUUAUGGAUAUACCAGAAUUGCAGACGUUUGACCAGGAGUUGUGCUCUCCUGUACAGCUAAUGAUCACCAGUGGGCAACACAGCCAGAAGGACAUUAGGGCUGAUUUACAUGAAAAAUUUGCACAAAAGGUUCGAAAUCGGAUGAGGGAGGUCUGUUUGCACCAAGGGCUCUUUUCUGAUGUUUAUUUUCAACUGGAAGAUGGCCUUUGCUGUGCACACAAACCUAUAUUAAUGGCCCGUUGUGAUGUCAUGGCUGCAAUGUUUCGGGGAGAUUUUCGAGAAAGUUCUGCAAAAGUUGUUCAUUUUCCUGGUGUGACUAAAUGCUGCUUCCAGCAACUCUUAGUGUAUUUGUACACUGAUGAAAUUGAUGACACAGUGACUCCCUCCAACUGUCUUGAUAUUUUAGAACUUGCCAAUCGACUGUGUCUGCCCCGUUUGGUGGGCCUUGUGGAGCAGAAGGUCAUUCAUGACUUCAUAAAGCUCUCUAAUACAGGAAAAGAUACUACAGAGCAUGCCUUACGGUUAUUAGAACCUUGCCAGAUGCACAAUGCAGACCAAUUGGCAGAUUGGUGUUUGUAUCACAUAGCUGUUAAUUACAAUGAUAUCUGUAGAAAAACACCAAAAUUGCUCAGAAAUCUUCAUCCAGAAAAUCAAGCAUAUUUAAACAGAAACAGAUGGCCACCAGUAUGGUAUCUCAAAGAGUAUGAUUAUUAUGAACGAUGUGUAAGAGAGCGCCAGUGGCAGGAAAAACCUCCCAAAGUUUUCAAGCGACAUAGAAAUAACAGUACAAGUGGAUGCCUCUGCUUUACUGGCCGAAGUAGGAACAGUGACUCCAAACGUGCCUAUCGUACUGUUUGAACUGUUUCUCCAGUCGUUAUCCAUUUCAUCCUUUGUGGUUUCUUGAGAUCUUAAUCUUAAAGCUUUGGAUAUGAAUUUAUCCACUGUAAUUACUUUCCUGAAUGUGGAAGCUUCUUGAAUAUCACUGGGUUUUUAAAUGGUGGAUACUGACUUACUUACAGUGCCACUGAAACAGAAUGUAUUGCUUUUUCGGAUCAAUGCUUAUGCUGGAUUAUUAAUGAGCUUUAGAUUGGUAAAUUUUUUCUCUGCUCUGCUGAAUGCUGCAAGAUGUUUGAAAAAUCAUCUUUUUUACUUCAAGGUCACACUUAUAAAAGAAUAGUACUGAUUUCCUUUAAUUGCCUGAGUUUAGUUUCUACCUAUUAAUUUGGAAGAGAAAUAUGUGGAGUCUUGUUAAAGGCUACAUUGUAGCAUGGAAAAUACAAGUCCAUAUUUAAAUCCCUCAUUUUGAUCAGCAAAAUAUAUUUUGUUUUUGUAUUCUGCCAUUUAUGUUUAUAAAUGGUUUUUGCUUGCCAUAAAAUAAUCCAGAUUUUAUUAUUGAGUGUUGGAAAGCUUAUUGUCUAAGCUGAGAUGUUCAAAAAAUAUUUGGAAAUGAUAUAUCAGUCUUAGCAAAUGUAUAUUAAGUAUGUAUAUUUGAAUUUUUUUCUUGCACAUGCCCAUUUUUUUCUUCCUUUUUUUUAAACAAAUACUUGUACAGCCAUCUUUAGCACUGAAAACUUUGCACAGCUGCUGGUCAGUACGAAUGUGCAUAAAAAUGAGCAUCAGGGUGGAUAUUUGAUAAUGUACAUAUUGCAUUGUUAUUUAAUCCCUUAAGUUUUGUACUUGAAUUUUCAUUUUUAUGAUUAAUGUGUUCAAACAAUACACUGUGAUCUAUUGACCAUUUUGAAUUUUGUUUACUUUUUAUGUGUGUCUUGGUAGUUAUAUUUUGUUACAGUGGUAGAAUGUACACAAAAACUGUGCACAUAUUUCAUAUCUAACUAUGAAGGAGUCAUUUUCUCUGUUGAUUGGAUUAAAAAUAUUUAGUUAGUAUUAUCAAUGUUUACUUAAAAAUUUUUUACUUACAAUUUUUGUUUUUAAGUUUUUUUUAUUAUUUUUAUUUAUUCCUCACUUUCGUUCACUAAGUAGGUGUCAAUGAAAUGAAAAAAAAAAUCAUAUAUUGAUCAAAUGGGGGAAAUCUAAUUAUUAAUUUUUUGAUUAUCAUCUAAACUUAGAUGUCUUCGUGCAUCUCUAGCUGAUUAUUUUAAUAAAUGUUUAUAAAAACUUCACUCAUGCACGAUUUUAUAAAAGUUGUACAAUGCUGAUCAUCAACAAAAAUAGAAAUAAUCUUAAUGCAGAGUAUUUCAUUAAAUAUUUAAACAGCUAUCAUUUAGUAAAUAUUUCAUUUACUUGUAUGUGCAUUUGAGAUAGUUUUUUUACAGAAAAUAAAAACACUGAGCAAAAAAGAAAAAGAAAAAAAAAAAAAAAAAAAAAAAAAAAAGGCAUGAAGAAAAUGUUAGAUUAAAGAAAAUAAGUAAAAAUAAAAACUCUUGAAAGUAUUAGCAAAAGAAAAUUAAGAAACUGAAUAAAUUUUGUCUUAAAAGUUAUUUUACUAAUACUUUUUUUUUUUUCAAAUCUCCUCUAAGCAGCACAUUUAGGUUUCCCUUUUCAUAUGUAUCUAAUGUUAUUAGUGAAUGCCAAAUUAGUUAUUUCCUAUAUUGGUUUAAGCAUUAUCAUAUUUUAUAAACAGAUCUAUAUUAAUUAUUAUUUGAGAUCAUGCAUUAAAUUAAUGUAGCCAUUUAUUACAUUACUAAACAGCACCAAAUUUAUUGAUCAAAUGUAUGCAUAAAUAAAAAUCACUUUAGUUGAACAGUGUGUAACCAGUGUUAGCUGUGCAGUUAAGUUCUCUUAGAAGCAUUAACUCUUCAAUGUUGAUAGGAGUAGUAGAGACCAGUUAUCACAACAGAUGUUAAAUAUCUUCAUCAUUUGUAAAGACUGAAAGGCUUAAUAACUGAAUAUACCAGGUCUUUAAAAAACUCAACAUGGUUUAAAUUUUAUUAUUAAAACAUGUUGUAAAGAGUCAUUUCACAUUAUAAAUGUAAUUAAGCAUGUCAUCUAAAUUCUAGUGGCAUGUUGUGCUAUAAAGUCAUAUUCUUUUUCAUCUGCAAGAUGGGUAAUGAAUUUCAGAAAUCAACCACUGACUCAAUAUAUUAACUAACAAUAUUAAACUAAGCUAAUAAAACAAAUAAAUGAAUUGACUUCAUUUGUUUUGAAAAUUUGAAGGUUUGUGAGGAAUAAUAAUUUUUAAGUUGCAUUUUGUUUUAAAUUAAAUUAUAAGUUAGAGUAUGAAUGGUUUAUUAUUAACUUUUAUUGAUUUGUAUUAAUGAAUUUUAAAGAUUAUUGCUAAAGAAAGGAAAAAAAAAAAGUCAGAUGUUUUGCUUUUAAGAUGAUCUCAUAGUGGUUCAUGUAAAUAAUGUCCCCAUGGAUAUAUCUGCUCAAAUGACCAUUUUUGCUGCAUUUCAGAAACUUCAAAAUAUUAAAAUAAUUUAUUUUGAUGGCAAAUUAUCUAAAUUUUCUUCUUCUUUUCUUCUAAAAAAAAAAAAAACUUAGUUUUUCAAAUACUGAAGUUUUCUUCAUCAGUCUUUAGAUUUAUAUUAGUUCUUAAAACUACUUAAAUUUGUAUACUUAAAAUGUUCUUCACAUAUUAAUAAUUAUAUUUACUAAUUAUACUAAAAAAGGGUCUUCUUAUUAAAUAUUUAUUGUGAAUAUGUUAACAUCUCCUCUUCCUCUUUAAUUUCAUCAAGAACAGUGUUUUAAUUGUACUCUUUUUUUUUAUCCUAUUAAUAUAUAAUGCGGUCUAAUUUGGCAAGCAUUGGAAAUUCCUGUAUUCUUUUUUAUUGAUAUGUAUUGUAUUCUUUUUUCCAUUUCUGUUAAAUUCAAAAAAUUUGUUCUUUUGAAGAUUUGAAUUGCCUCUCACUCCAUGAUACAAUUAACAUAAUUUUGCAUUGAGACCUUGUAAGGCAUAUUUUUAACGAAUUACCUUACAAAUCUUUUAAUGUAGGGCAUAUUUUAAUGUAUAUGAUGUAUUUUAACUUUAUAGUUAUAAAAGUGAUGUAACAGCAUUAUAAUGUUAAAUAAGUUUAAGUGUGAUGUACUGAAAGCUUUUUAAUAUAUGAACAUGCUAUAGCCUCAUGUAAACCUGAUUGUAUAGAAAUGUUAUUCGUGUAUUUGGUGUGGAUAUUCUAUUCAUAUAUAUGUGUUUUGAAAAAUGUUAUUGAAAUGUGAAAUUAAAUUUAUCCAGCAUUAAUUUUAUUAACUAGAUAAUUUAAUUAUUUAAUAAGUGGGUGACAAAAUUUUUGUUCCUUUUAAUUUUUAAUAAUUUUUGUUUACUUAAAAAAAUAUUUUGAAGCAAUUUAUUCUGUAUUAUUAAUUAACAAAAUCCUUUUUGUCUGCAAUUAAAAUACCAUAAUAUGUAUUAAUUUGGAGAAAUUAAAUUGUACCAAUCCCCCCCCCCCACACCAUUCUUAGCUUUAUUACAUUCAUAGCAGUGUAAGAAUCUGUGUGAUGAGCAUAUAUAAGUAUAUGUAUUAUCUAUGUAAUAUAUCUGCUUAAAUAUUCUUUUUAAUAUCAGUGUUGCAUGAUACAAUGUUUAUUAUCUUAAAAUAAAUAAUAUGCAAUUACUACAAAUUUCUUUGUAAAAAUUUAUAAUCCUUCAGAUAAACAGAAUUGAACUUUAAAGGUUUAAUACUGCUUUACACUAAUAAAUAAAGCAUUCUCUUUCUGAAAAAAAAAAUGAAAAAAAUAAAAAAUAAACAGUAAUUUUUUUAAAAAAAAUUAUAUCAUGGAAAUUCAGAAAUACCUCAUUUAUGUAAAGUAUGGUAAGAAUAAUUAGAUCUUUUAAUAGCAACCAAUAUUUUCAACUUUCUUAUCAUUUGCCACAUUUGUGCAUUCAUUACAUUUUAAGUAUUUUAAAGGUUAUUUUUAAAUCUCAUAAAUUUGUUGUUGAUUUUUAUAAUUUGUCAUUUAUAAUUAUUGAAAAUCAUCAAGUUUGUCUAAUUUCUAUUGUUGAAAUGUUAAGUAGAUAUAUGACUAAACUUUAAUGAUUUAUCUGCUGAUUAAUAAUUUUUAGGGAAUUUACAUAAUGGUCUUUAUGAAUAACUCUUUCUGUGUAAUAACCCCCCUUCCCCCAAUCAAGUUAUAUUGUUUCUCCUCGUAGAAUCUGUUCAGGAAAUGGCUGGUUUAUAUUUUCCCAAGAUGCAUUAUUUUCACCAGUCUCUGUGGAAAUUGUCUGCUUUGGAAAAAUUAACUUCUGAGUAUCUUAUUGGGUGGGUUUAAUUUUUUCUUCAUUUCAUUAAAUAUUAACAAGCUAUUCAUCUUUUCAUUGGGAAUUUUUGCCAGUAUCCUCAACAAAACAUUAGAUGUUGUUCUGUAGAGAAGUUUGGCUUAAAUAUCUGCUGGAAGUAAUAAGCAUAUGUUUUGAAAACACAGAAAAAGAUGUUGAUAAACUGGUUUUAAUUACUUUAUUUUAUACACUAAAUGAAACCUUAUAUAAUUAAUAUUUUGGAAAAUUAAGAGUCCAUAAAUAAAUCACUUUUUAUUAGGUUAAUGCACUUUUGUGCAUUUAGCAUCAAAAUAGGUAUAGUGCUCAUAAGGUGCCUCUCUGCGUCAAUUCGUGAUAAUUAACUCCGCUAUAUGUGAUACUCACAUUGAUAAUAGUGUGUGAUCAAAUAAUGAAAUUUUUAUGCAUCAUUUCCAAGUGUGUUGUGAUACCAUUUUCGCUGAAUAUUUACUCUCUUUGUGAAUUAGAUAUCCAAAAUAAUUCAAUUAGUUUUAAUCCUUGCUGAUGCAAGAUUUUGUAUCACUUGUGGUUCGUAAGCUUUAUGCAUAUUUAGAUGACCGCAUUUUAGUUUUGAAAUAAUCGAAAUUCCAAGGACAUAUUUUUUAUAAAAAUUUUUAGUUUAAAGACUAAGUAUAGCUAUUUAUAUCUCCAUAAACUUAUACAAAAUGUUAUUAGCAUAUUAGUAUUACGAUUUUUAAAAAUUUUUAUACUUAAUUAUGUUAAGUUUUACUGUAUUAUUAUACAGUAAAACCUAACAUAGUUAAAUAUAAAAUCCAAUAGUCUCAUAGCCAAAUAUUUAUUUACCAUCAUUAUAGUGAUUUUUUUUUUUUUUUUUUUUUUGUAAUUGGUUUUAUAUAAAUAAACUAAAAUGUUAUUUUAGUUUUUAAGCUGAAUUUAUUUAUAUCGUAUCAGAUAUAGAAUAGUAUCGGAUUAAUAAAUAUCUAAAUAUUUUUUUCAGGUAUUGAUAUUAUCUUUCUGUUUGGCAUUUGUAAUGAAUAAAUAAUUGUUUUCAAAAGCUAAAAGCAUUUUCAUUUUUUUUAAAGUUGAAAAUUACCUUGGAAUUUCACUGCAUUGAAGAAUACGAACUACUAGUACAAGCUACAUUUCAUUUGCUACAAUACUAUGUAUUGUUUUGUAAUGUAUUAUAUUACAUUUAAGUACUGUGCUAUUAAAUAUUUUUAUUCCUCACAUAGUAAGCAUUAUACCUAUCUAAAAAUGUUUGUAUAUUUAUUCUGUAGCUCACAAGUAUUCAUUGCUAUAAGCAUUCAGUUACUAUCUUAUAAUGUGAUCAAAUUUACAAAAUACAAUGAAAAAAAAACACGUCUGGAUAAAAAUGUCCGAUUUGACAUUUGUAUAUUAAUCAAAAUUAAAUAAAAUUUAAGAAAUAAAUUAAAUUCUUCAAUAAGAAUUUUAACUGUUUUGAUCUUCUUGUCUAAAUGUGUAUGUGUAACCUUUUUAAUAUUAUUUUUAAAGCUAAUUGUGUAUAAAUUUUUGAUUUUCAAAUAAUUUUAACACCUCUAUUAAAAUGUUUUAGUAAUAAUUUCAUGUUUGCUGUUAUAUAGUAUUUUUCCUCAUUGCCAGCUGUUAUAAAAUUAAAAAAUUGUUUUUUUUUUAUUUUUUUUAUUUUAAUUACUUUCUAAUUACUAAUUCUAUGCAUAAAAUAUUUUUUAAAUCUCUUUAUUAAAAGCUGGUAAAUAAUUGUAGAAAAGUACAUGUUUCAGCCAUUUUCCAUUAAUGCCGACCUUUAAUGUUGUUGCUGUAAGUGCCAUGCUCCAUUUUUUCAAACUUGUAAAGCAUAUUGUUAAUGCAUUUUAUAAAAACAAUGAAGUUUCUAACAGUUUCACUACGACACUGUAAUUAUAAGAUUUACACAUAUUUGUUAUUCUUAGAACCUAUCAAUAUUGUUUGGUAGGAAAUAUUGGUAACGUUUUUAAAGCGUUUGUUGAAAUUUAGGUGUUUUUUGGACUAGCUAUAGUUUACAUUUAUGUCUUUCAUGUAUUUCGCAUGUGCUGUAACUGUACUGUCAAUUUUAUAGCUGUUAAAUUUCGUUAUCAUGUAACAGAUUAUACGGUUUCUUCCUUGUUGUUAUUACUGCUUAUAAGCAGCACUAUACAUGUGUCAACCCGGUGAAAAACAAAUUAUUCAUUAAAGUAGCAAAAUAUAUCGCAUUCGAUUCAUUUUUAUAUUGAUAUAUAUAUGUUAUGUAUGUAAAACGAUCCUGUAAUCUAACAUUAUUAUUUCGCUGUUGAUGUAUAAAAAAGAGUGUAUAAAAAAAUUCUGUUCAUAUAGUUGUUACAAAAUUUUAUAAAUGUUAAGUAUAAGGGUGAUAAAAUUUAUCAGAUUGUUAUAUUAAAUAUGCUAUUAUUUAAAUGGUCGCGUGUUAAAUUAAUUAAAACUAUCAUCCUUUAUAAAAUUAUUUUUUACUCUUCUUCGAUGGGACAAUAAAUAAAAAAAUGCUAUUGUUUGAAAACUGUAGUUUAUUUUCACCUUAGCUUUUUUUAAAAUGUAGUUAUGCUGUGGCCAGAAAAUUUGAUUUGUAACUUUGUAAUGUGCCAAAAUUUUUUGUACACUCUACCUCUGUAAGUUAAAAUCAAUACUGUGCAAUUUUGUCGGUUAUUUUCUUUUUGUUUUAAGUUACUAGUUAAAGUCGUUGUUGAAUUUUUGUUCUGUUAAGCCUCUCUUCAAUAUUUGGUGUGCGCAUAAAAGUUUAAAAAUAUUUAUUGAAGCACUGAAAAAAACUAAUACUAUAGAUAGAAAAAUUGUAAUACUCCAUAUUUUACAGGUUCUUUUCUUUGAUUACUUUUAGUGUCAGCAUUAUAUUCAUCAACAAAAUUUAUUUCAUUUCUGUAUGCUGCCGAUUAAUUGGAGUAAUUAUAAGUAAAUACCAUUGGUUGUGUUUUCUUUUUUAAAAAAUAACUUAGUUUGUUACUCAUUUUUUGCAUUUAGUUUUUUUUUCUUUCUUUCAUUUUUUUUUCUUUUACAAUUAUAUAUGUAGUGCUGUCUAACUACCUGAUGAAUUCUCCCAAUUUUUUCAAUUUGCUUAAACUGGUUUUCAUAAUAAUUAUUGAGAAAAGGAAGAGGUCUUCAUCAUUUUUCUUUGUGUUAACUUGAAUCGCGUGCCAUUUAGUUAUGUAUCAAAUACUCAUUUCAAUUUGAUUUCUGGAAGCGAUUUGUCAAUUAUUAUCUUUUGAUUACACCAAAGAUAUUUUAUUACUCAUAUUAGGCUAUUAUUACUUUGCAUUUUUUUUUUUCUUUUCUGUUAUAAAUUUUGUUAUAAAUAUUUUUUUUAUUUUUUGCAUGUUUUGAUGUAAAGUUGUUUGAUUUUAAAGGCCGAAAAUUCUUUUUCAAAAAAUUUCUUUUUCCUCUUUACUUUUAGGCAUGCAAGUAAACUUUAAAUGUAUACUGUUUCUCAGAUAUUUACUUAUAAUAAUUUUUAUAUUGCAUGCUCAAUACCACAUGAAUUGUGCCAUGUACUUGCAUAAUGUAAUAAUCAUGCAACACUUCCUUCGGAUCUGAUCGUUUGACUGACUUUUUAGCUACAAUUAGAGCUAUCAAAUUUGACAUGUAAUUUUUUUUUUGGUAAUAAGUAUUCACUAAAAAGAGAUCUUCAGUGGCCACGCUUUUCGUCAUUAAUUUAAGCGAAUUUUAUUACAUGAAAAUCAGUCUUAAUUUGCUUAAAAAAGUAAAAAUUUAGAUUUUCAGUGAUAGAAAUUUUAUUUAUGUGCAAAAUUUUCUGUAAAUUGAAUACAUUUAAUUUUUUAUUUUGCAAGAUUUUUUCUGUUUUGGCUUAGUUUAUAUACUCACUUAUAACCACGUUUUGAAAUACAGUUAUUUGCAUGUACUUUUCUUUGUUAUGAAUUAAAAGUAAAUUAAAAAAAAUAAUAUAAAAAUAGACAAGACACGUUGUAAGCAUUAUCAUACUACGACACUUCGGACUCUAUAUUCGAAUCUUUUUUCUUUUAUUAUUUUUUUUAUUUUUCAGUUCUCAAAACUCUAGUAUUUUCUUUUAGUUAAAAUGCUAAUGAAGAAUGUAUUUUUUAAUCCCCACUCUCCUAUUUCAUCCGAGAUUUGCUACAUAGGAACAGUUAUCCAUAAAAAUGACUUGCACGGGGACAUUUAUGGUAGUUGGACAGCAAUAUUUCGGACUGAACUGUAUUGAGUUUUUGUUUAAGGAUGUUUUUUAAUUUACUGUUCACACUGAAUAUUGGAGUUGGAAAAUAUAGCAUACGCACAGAACUAGAAUCUUUCUACUCUAACCGAAUGAGGAAUUUUAAACAGAGAGUGAAUGAUUUUUAAUUGGUGAUUUCCAUUACUCGGAACAUGUAGGUAUCAUGUUACGUAUUUGCACUUGUGUUGUCACAUAAUUCGCUUGGAUUAUUUGUGAAUAAACAUUUCUUACAGAAA